UUGGAUUUUCUAAACUUCGCCUAACAUAUGAGGGGAUUUUCUCUGAGGUCGGGUUACCAAAAGUGCUCAUCAAGAUCAUCCGCCGUCCAUUGUUGGUGUGCCUUUUUCACUUUGGAAUAUAUAAAUUAUCUUAAUCAUGGCGAUGACAAUAAGUUCUAAUUGUUGUCUAAUUGAUCGUUCUCACUUUGGUCUAAUUAUAUUGUAUUUGACAUGUUUGUUCGUUCGGUUUAGUCAACAAUAUGAACCGGUACCCGAUUUACCUUUGUCUCAUUAUCCAUUCUUUUUCCAGAGUAAUCAUCACUUAAUUGAGAAAAUGUGUUCAUCUUCUAGACAAUUAAUUCCUAAAGAACAAAAGAUCUGUGAUUAUGUUAAUUCUACUGGCCUUAAGUGUUGGGGUUAUGAAUCUGCUUUUGGGGUUAAUUGUUCAAAUAAAGUUGAAAGAAUCACAGAUUGUGAAAAGAGUAACAAUGGUUGGCCCAACAGUGAAAGUGAACAAAGAGAAACUUUUUUUAACCAAGGAGAUUUUGGUUACAUUAUGGAACGAACCAAAGAAUUGACUACUUAUUGUAAACCAAAAAUGACCUUUGGAAGUCCAUUGAAACUUCUAGGACAAAGUUCAAGCCUUGAAUGUACUCGAUAUUUUAGAUUUUGUCGGGGAAAAAGUAUUAUGAUUGAUUUCAAGCGACUGGAAACACUCAAAGAACCAAUUAAAUAUCGUACAGAUAUUCUUGAAAAUGGACAAAUCGGUGGAUGGGAUUGUGAUCGUGAUAUUUUAUCAAUUAGAAAGGAAAGUGCCCACAAAUCUCCGUUACAAUCUUGGUUCGAUGAGCUUGAACAUUACGAUGUUUACGAUAAUAAACCAAACUGUGAUAUAACAAUAACCAAACCAACAUACAUAAUGAAAUUAGAUGCUACAGUUAAUAUGUAUCAUCAUUUCUGUGAUUUUGUUAAUCUUUACGCAACAUUACAUCUUAAUCAAAGUUUCUCAACGGACAUUAACAUCCUAAUUUGGGACACUUAUCCAUAUCGAUCCAAUUUCGGUAUUGUUUGGAAAGCUUUUACCAAUAAUCCAAUUCUAAACCUAAGCCUUUACAAAGGGAAAAAGGUUUGCUUUAAAGAUGCUCUCUUCUCAUUAUUACCUCGAAUGGUUUUCGGUUUAUACUACAAUAUGCCUUUGGUUCCUGGUUGUCGUAAAAGUCGAUUAUUCCAAGCAUUCAAUGAACACGUUCUUUACAAAUUAAAUAUCACCCAAAAUUAUACCCAAAUUGAUGAUCCAUCGACAAUCAGAAUAACUCUAAUCUCCCGGUCAACUAAAUAUCGAAAAAUAUUAAACGAAGAUGAAUUAUUGGAUAAUUUAAAGAAAAAAUCUAACAAUUUCAAAGUCCAACGAGUUGAAUUUACUCAUCAAAUGCCAUUUUCGGAUCAAUUAACAAUUAGUCACAAUUCUGAUAUACUAAUUGGUAUGCAUGGAGCUGGAUUAACUCAUUGUCUUUUCCAACCCAAUUGGGGAGUCCUAUUUGAAUUAUAUAAUUGUGAUGAUGAAAAUUGUUACAAAGAUUUAGCAUCUCUACGAGGCCUUAAAUAUAUUACUUGGUCAUCGAGAGACAAAUUAUAUCCACAAGAUGAAGGUAAUCAUCCCAAUUUAGGUGCUCAUCAAAAAUUUACCAAUUAUCGAUUUGAUGUUAACGAAUUUAUAAAUCUAGUUAUGGAAGGAGUUAAAUACGUUCGCAAGGAGCGAGUUAAAUAUCUCCAAUCAUCAUCAAUUGAAAACCAAAUAACAAUUAACUCAAAUACUCAACAAUCAGGAAAAUCUCAUCUUGAAUUAUAAGCAUCAAUUUCAAGACUAUUACAUCAACAGAAAGAACAAAAUUUAUUUCAAUUUUGACGAAACAACUAAUUAUACACUUUUUAAUUGUUCUAAACAAUUACUUGACCAAUUGUAAUUAAUUUACAAUACAAUCUUCCUCUCACUAAUUAACUUAUAUUUAAGUAUUUUGUAAAUGCACAAUCAAUUCCCAUUCCAAUCAAUUUGCAAAUGGUGCACAAUCAAGCCCACAACUGAAAAGUCUGAUUAUUUUAGUCAAUUAAUCUAAAUUUGCCUCUGUAAAUCAACAACCACCACAAUCAAAUAAUUAAAUGUACACUUUUGUUUACAAUAAUCUCUUUAACAAUUAAAGAGUUUGAAAAGGAAAAAAUUUUCGCUUCAAUUA